AUGCGGCGGGGGGACGGCGUGAACACCGGCCUGCCGUCGGUGGCGCCUCGCACGCCCUGCGCACGCCGCCUGCGCUCGCUAGAGGACAAUGUCGCCGGCGCGCUCGCCGAGGAUCAGGCGCUUCUCGUGGACGGCAUCCUCGCGGCCUACGAGGCGCUGGCUAGCCCCGGCACGCUGACGCGGUUGGAGGACCGGCGACGCUUCGCCCUCGACGCGGCCGCAGACACGCGAGGCCGCGACGAGGCCCACUGUUGCAGCAGCGGCCGCGGGGCAUCGCCGGGACCGCACGCACUGCAGCGGCUAAGCGAGGUGAACGUGGCCAUUGCGUGGUGCGAGGGAAAGAUGGCGGUGACGGCGCGGCUGUUUCCGCCAGGCGUGCCGCUCGCCUCUGAGCCGGCCUCCUCCAGCUGGCGGGAGGCGCAGGAAACAGGGCACGACGACGCGUCCCAGGAGUACUACGAAAAUCGGGACGGCAACGUGGAGAGCCGGAGUCGCAGUCAUGCUUGGCCAAGCGAGGCACGACUCUCCACGUCGCCGUGGUAUGCGGCCCCGCGCGGUGUACCCGAAGGCGUGUACGCCCUUCCGCCGCCAUUGCCGCCAUCACCACCAACACCACCGGCACCGGCACCGGCACCGGCAGCGGCAACAGCAACAGCAGCCACCACCACGGUACCGGUGGCUCCAUUCUCAUUGGUGUCGGUAGCGCGUGGCUCUCAGGGAGACGGAGUUGUAUGUAACCUGGGCUUUGAUAGGUGGACUGCCAGGCAGGUAGCAGUGCAGGCAGGCUUUGCUAAGCGGCGUUUGUGGCUGCUGCGCUGUGAUGCGGAGGAGGCGGUGCGGCGGCACGCCAUCGCCGUAGAGGAGCGGGUGGGACGCGUCACGCUGCUCGUCACCGCACGCGAGGAAGUGGCUGCAGUGGUGGAUGCAGAGCCGCGGGCAUGGACGUUGGAGCCUCCAAUGCCCGCUGCCUGGGAGCUGAGGGAGGCGAGGCGGUGGAUGCAGCGGCGACUGGAUGCCCAAGGCGGCCUUUUGGCAUCCGCCGUCAGUGCUGUGCGGGCGGGGGCAAGGGAGUACGAAGCGGCGUGUCAAGCGCGGCUCCGGGAAGCUGCGGCGCAUCGCUGGGAAACUGAGGAGAAAAGCGCGAGGAGUCCAUCGUCUGGGGCGAAGCAGGCACGGACGCCCCCCUGCGAAGGCGGCGCGGCGGCGGUGAGGUGGGCCCGCUUCACGCAGGGCGUACUGCAGGAGGCAGAGCAGUCGCAGCGGGCGCACCUCGAACGCGAGGCGCACCUCUCGCGAAAGCUCUUGUUGACCCAGCGGCAAACUUUGCUGAAUCACCUCAGCACGCGCUGCCUCCUUGCGGCCAAGGAGAGUCUUAUUCACGAGAUGGCGGUCGAGCUGAAUGGCGCCGACGGAGACGCCACCGCCGCCGAAAGUGAGCCUCCGCCCAGACAAAGUCGCACGCCCUCCGGCGUGCAUCGAACGUGGGCGGAGGAAGCGGCUCACCGCCCCCCCGCGCACCUGCCGGCAAAACCGCCUCUACUCGGCACAACUACACGAAAUGGCGCCAGUCUCUGCAGUGGCGUGAGUGCCACCGCACCGAGCAGCUCAGAGGAGGAGAGGAGUGGGAGCACGGUCGCGCGCCUGGAGCGUGCCACCGAGCCCGCUGCGGCUCUGGCGGCAGACGUCGCCCCGCCACCCGCGCCGCCGCCGCCGCCGAGGACACCCGUUAGCCGCAACAGUAGUGCCAAUGAUAUGGCCCUUUACAUUUGCGUCAGCGUGGAGCUCGUGAAGCGGAAGCAGGUCGCGAUGCUGGAGCAGCGCGCGUGGGAGGAACUUGCGGCGGGGCUAGACAAGCAGUGGGGGCGCACAGAAAGAACGUUGUGA